AUGGUCUGGGAAGGUUCCGUUCUUGACGCCAACGAGGGCAUUCGAUUCCACGGCAAGACCAUCAAGGACUGCCAAAAAGAGCUCCCCAAGGGCACAUCUGGCACUGAGAUGCUCCCCGAGGCCAUGUUCUGGCUUCUGCUCACAGGAGAGGUUCCCUCGGUAUCCCAGACCCGCGCUCUCUCGCGAGAACUGGCUGAGAAGGCUGGCAUCCCCAAGUUUGUUGAGACGAUGCUCGACAACUUCCCCACAGAUCUCCACCCCAUGACCCAGUUCGCCUGUGCCGUUUCAGCACUCAACUACGAGUCCAAGUUCGCCAAGGCGUACGCGAAUGGCAUCAACAAGGCCGACUACUGGGAGUCGACCUUCGAUGACUGCAUCAGCCUGCUCGCGAAGCUGCCCACCAUCGCCGCAAAGAUCUACCAGAAUGCGUACCGUGGCGGAGGCGCCCUACCCACCGAGGUCGAUGUGAACCAGGAUUGGUCGUACAACUUCGCUGCCAUGUUGGGUAAGGGCGGCAAGGAGAAUGAGGGUUUCCAGGACCUCCUCCGCCUGUACCUUGCUCUGCAUGGUGACCACGAGGGAGGCAACGUCUCUGCGCACGCCACUCACCUGGUCGGUUCCGCGCUCAGCGACCCCUUCCUCAGCUACAGCGCCGGUCUCCAGGGUCUUGCUGGUCCUCUGCACGGUCUUGCUGCUCAGGAGGUGCUUCGCUUCAUCCUGGACAUGCAGAAGGCGGUUGGCGAAAAGUUUUCCGAGAGCGACGUCAACAACUACCUCUGGAGUGUGCUCAAAUCUGGACGUGUCAUUCCUGGUUACGGCCACGCUGUGCUCAGGAAGCCUGACCCGCGUUUCGAGGCUCUGAUGGACUUUGCCAACGCCCGACCUGAGAUUGCUGCCGAUCCCGUCUUCCAGCUUGUCAAGAAGAACUCCGAGGUCGCUCCUGGUGUUCUCACCGAGCACGGAAAGACGAAGAACCCCUUCCCCAACGUCGACUCGUCUUCGGGUGUCCUCUUCCACCACUUUGGGUUCAAGGAGACGCUCUACUAUACUGCUACCUUUGGCGUCAGUCGCGGUCUCGGCCCACUCGCGCAACUCAUCUGGGACAGAGCACUCGGCCUGCCCAUUGAGCGCCCCAAGUCGAUCAACCUCGAGGGUCUUUUGAAGCAGGUUGGUGGUUCGUAG